AUGAGCCUGACUCUCAACCCAAACGGAAAACGAACCAGCAACCACCAUGAACACCACCAUCGCAGCCCACUAGACCCACUCAUCAACAGCGCAGCCAAACGACCCAGAACAUCCACCCACUUCCCCCCAGACACCAUCCACAAACAACGCCCAGCGAUCCGAAAAUCACUCUCAGCACUCAUCCCCAACCAGACCAACAACAACACCCCACUCGACCUGCUCAACCCAUCCAACCAAUCACCAACACUCAGAACAACAGUCCGCCAGCACCAACAACACCACCACCACCACCAGCCAACACAACCAACCCCACUCAAACCAACACCCACCAAUCUCGCCCGUCCAACCCCAAGAGAGCGCACGGCGAUCAAGGACAAGGAUGAACUCAAACGGGAGAUGGCCCAGUGGCAAGAGAAGUACAGGGUGGCCAUCAAGAGCUUUGUCUUCUAUCUCGAUCGGCUCGACCCAACCACCUCCGCCGACCUCAAGUCCAAGAUCCGAGCGUGGGGUGCUCGUGUCGACCAAUUCUUCUCAAAGGAAGUCACCCACAUCAUCACCGACAUCCCAGUCCCAGCCAACAUCCCUGCCCUAUCGCCCUCCCCACGCAAACGGAACACGGCUUACUGUCUACCCUCACCUACGCGUAAUAAUAAGGAGAACGGACAGAUGUCAGUCGGCAUCCGUCGGAACCUCAAACGUCUCAGCGUCCAGUGCUCCCCAGAGAAGGAGAGAUCACCCGAAGCAAACAUCCCCCCCUUGAUCCGUAAAGCGUUGGAACUCAAGAUCAAGAUCUGGAAAACUGAAAAAUUGCUCAACGUGCUCCAUCGUCUCGGAGACCAGAGAUCACCCCUCAAACAACAUCAGCAGCAGCAGCAGCAGCAACAGUCGCUACUCAAACCCUCUUUGCCCUCCUUACUACUCAAGGAAGCUCAACAGGGGCAUACUAACGAAUUCGACCCAGUCGCCCUUCGCUCUGAUUACCACUACUUCGGUCCCAAGGCCAUGUUCAUCAUCGUCGAGGAUACCACCCAAGAGUACAAACCCAUCAUCGUCAAGGAGUACUCUCGGCCCAAGACCCGCGAGGCUUCCAGUUGGCCAAUCAUGUGGGGAGGCACCGAGGGCAAGUCCGUCUUCUCGCGUCACACGGCCAAGCAAUCCUAUCUCCACGUCCGGAACCGGAUCCGACUGAUGUUCGAGACGCUUGCCCGGGACUCGGCACGUCAGAAGAAAAUCAACAGCGCCCGCGAGCGCUCCCAAUCCCUGGACUAUCCUAGCCCCUCAAACAGACCGCUCAUCGACCGCACACCGCCCGCCCAGCAGCAGAACUUGCGACGCGCCGUCAGCAUGAACAUGAUGCAACGUCGCCAGUCUGGUCGUCUGUCGCGCAUCACCACGGCAACUCAGCAGAGCGAAGAGCAGACCACCGAGCAUGACCCAGAGGAUGAUGAGUGUCGAGUGACCGACCACGUCAACCAGACCGCACCCGACCACUACCGCGGCAACAAUCGAGUCUUCCUCGCUGCCUCUGGCAAUAGCAUCUCCAUCACCUCCAACGUCGCCUCAGCUACCUCGACCCGUUCCAGCGCGGUGCGCGUGAGCCAGGUCGGAAGACAGUUGGUCGAUAAACGUCUGGCCGCGCUUGGCAAGCGUCCCACCUUCGAAAUCAACCAAUCCAACUCCCCCGCCGGAAUCGGUAGUAGCUCACUCAAACGAGAGAUCGGUGCUGAGAGCUCCAAGGAUCGCUUACUGAAUCUACAAAACGAACUCGAAUCGACCAAUAAGCUCAAGAGAGCUCAAUCCUUGGAUUCAUCCAUGAUUGCCAAGAAGAAAGCCGCGGAUGAAUCGAAGGCUAAGUCAACAAGGCGUGGUUUGGGCGUCCGUGCCAAGCUUGGAAACGGGUUCGAGUUGGUCGAUUUGAGAAGACUUGCCAGAAAUGAGGAACCGAAGACGGGCUAUUGCGAGAACUGUCGAUUGAAAUAUUCCGAUUUCCGAAAGCAUAUCUUGACCAAGAAACACCGCAAGUUUGCCUUGGAUGAGAAUAACUGGAUCGACCUCGACGAUACGCUCAAGAAGACCACCCGUCGACUGAAGCCCGGUGUCGUAGUCCCGCCGUCGGUGCGCGAGAUGAUCCUGGCAAUGCAUGCGAGUGACGAUGAGCAGGAAGAAGAAGAUGAGGUAGAUGAGGAGGAGGAAGAGGAAGAUGAAGAGGAUCAUGAUCAUGAUCAGGGAGAAGAAGAAGGCGACGUGGAGGAGGAUGAGGAGGACGCGGCAGAUGAUAUGGAGGAAAAAGAUGGCGAUGAUGAUGAAGGGGUCGAAGAGGAAAGUGAGGUGGAGGAAGAGGUGGAUGUACGAGACGACGACGACCGCCGCGAAGAGAUCGAGCACGGCUCAUCAGUCGAAGAAGUUGUUGGCGAACAAGACGAGGAGCAUCGGGUGGAAGCGGACGAGCUGGAGGAAGGGGAAUACGACGAAACUGAAGACGGCCAUAAAGAGCAAAACGAGAAUGAAGAACACGAAGAAGGAGAGGAAGAGGAAGAGGAGGGCCAAAUCACCCAGAGUAAUUGCCGCGACCCUCUUCAUCUGUCUCCAACCUCAAACUCUCAGCCUCAGCCGUCCCAUCAUCAUCCUCAAUACGAACUCGAGGAAGGCGAGUGGGAACUCGACGAUGGCGAGCCAUCGGGCGGAAACAUCUUCUUCUAG